CAAGAGUAUAUAGAGUGUUGAUCUAUUCAUUCAUAUAAGCUUCAAUUCUCUUGAUUGUACUACAGCUUGAACAUUCUUGUUGAUUUGUAUCAAACAAAAUGCACUGACAUUCAUUCUACUUCACUAAAUUCGGUUUAAUUAACAUUUGACUAUGUGUUUCGUGACUCUAUUACAAGUAGUACAGUGUCUGUGGUUUAUUUUAUUUUUUUAUUAUAUUUUAUUUUACUAUGCAGAAAUCGGGCUUUGAAUAUCAUAUCCCCCCUUUUUUUAUUCAUGGAAGACGACGCCAAAGAACUUGCUAUCAACAAAUUAGCUGAAUUACUUAAACAUCCAGAUGAUCUAAACACAAAGCUAGCUCCACUUACCAGAAAACUAGCCAAAGAAAAAGCUUCAAUUGAUGCUCAGUUAAAUACAGGUGUUCAAUCUCAACUUGAUCAUGUCCAAGAAGGUUUAGAGACACUGACCAUCUCGAGUCGAAACAUAAACCGUGUCAAGGACAAUAUGCGUAAUAUUGAUAAACUAUGCUAUGAUGCACAGUCUAUGAUAAAAGACUUUCCUCGUAUCAAUAUGAUUUCGCAAGUCCAUCAACAUUUUGUAGCGACUCAAGCCAAAGUGAAAGCAUUUCAAGCAUUGUAUCAACAGCUAGAUGACUUGGAAGAGGCAUUUGCACCUAUGCGCCAUGAUAUUUUUCAUCCUCAUGAUGCUUUAUUGCAUGUACAUUAUCAUCUCUUUAAGCUGGAAGAAUUUCGCGACAAGACCAUGCACCAAGCAAGAGAUUCACCUCACGAUGCAGUCAUUACCUUAAAGACCUAUUUUAGACGUGUUGAUGUACUUUCGGAUGAUUUCACGCAACAUUUAUGGUUAUUGACACGCCAUUUGGUUGAUUUGAUUGACCAUGACUGUGGUGCUACCAUUAUUAAACUCAUCAAGAUCAUCGAAUGUGAAGAAGCAGCAGACGAAAAAGCAUUAGCAGCCAAACAAGCCCAAUUCAAUCACCAGGACUUACAGGGACACAAGAAAUGGCGUCUUGCAGAAGGUAAUCCACGUACAAUCAAAUCCUAUCGUGUCGAGUUCUUUGAACAGCUUCAUCAGUCCUUACAAGACCGUUUUGAACAAGUGUUUCUGCCCUAUAAAGAACAAGAAGAUUGGUCAAGUGCAUUAGAUGCCACUGAAUUUAUCUUUGAUGAACUCGAAUUAGUCUAUGAUGAAAUUGUACCGAAAUUCCCCAAGAAAUACAAGAUAUUCCCGUAUUUUGUACUUGAGUAUCAUCGACAUACCUAUGAUCUCUUGAAUCAAAUGGUACAGCAAGAUUUAGAUGCAGGCACCAUGUUGCGUCUACUGCGGUUUGUACGAGACUAUUAUACUACCAUGAGCACACGAUUGGGCGUGACGGAAGAACUGCUUGAACCCCAAUUACUUGAUGGACAGGAACAAUCCUUGGUUGACGAAUACCUUAAACUUGUUCGACGCAAAUUAGUCGAAUGGACAUCGAAUUUGAUGCAAUCUGAAUCCCAAAAGUUUGUGAACCGAAAAGAGCCGCCUGAAAUGGCUCAAGAUGGUCAAUUUGGUCUUUCAGGGGCUGUGGAUCUAUUCCAGAUCAUCAACCAGCAAAUUGAUGUGGCAGCCGAUGCCAAUCAAGGCAAACUGCUUUAUCUUGUGAUUCAUGAAUGCCAUAAAGUCAUGAAAGACGCACAGAGUUUCUGGAAGCGAUUGCUACAAACAGAACUCCAAAAACAACUCGAGCAACCUGAAGAUGCACCUGAAGGAUUUGUGGAAUACGUAAUGGCCUUAGCCAACGAUCAAAUCAAAUGCUCCGAUUUUGCCAAUGAUAUCUUGAUGCGUGUACCUCCCAUUGUAGAUGCCAAUUACAAGACGCAAGUGGAAGAUAAACUGUCGACUGCGAUUGAUGGCUAUCUCCAGAUUGCUGCGAGUGCAAGAGAAGCCCUUUUAGAAGUCACGUUUGGUGAUAUCAAACCCGUCUUUAGUGAUUUGUUUACGACACGCUGGUAUGCUCAGCCUUUGAUUCCCUCUGUGAUUGAAACACUGCGCGAUUACUGCAAUGAUUUUGGUCAUUUGAAUGCGUUUAUUUUUGAGAAAUUGAUUCGUGAUAUGCUGGAUCGGUUUUUGAUGCUGUAUCUCGAAGCCAUGCGACACAAAUCAGCCAAGUUCCAUAUGCCUGCUUGUCUUGAAAAAGUCGAGAAUGAUGUGCGUCUGUCUUUCCAGUUCUUUGUGGAGUACACGUCUGUCAAAGAAAUGGAAGAACGCUUUGAUGUGAUUGAAAAGGUCCAUAAGUUAUUGGAAUCCAAUCGACGUAUGAUCUUUGUGGACUAUUACAACCUCAGACAAGCGUAUCCUGAUGUACCCUUAGCAUUUGUUGAGAAUAUCUUGUCAAAGCGUGAUGAUCUCGAUAAAUCAGCGCUUAAGGAUAUCAUGGAAGGCAUUAAAGCCAAAGCCCGAGAAUACGAACCUGAUGCCAAUACCCCUCCUACCAUUUUCAGUCGUAUUAAAUGGUAAAGUCCGCUUUAUUUUUUUUUACUAUUUUUUGGGAUG